GCGGGACUUAUCUUGGCCAGAAAGUUAAUGUGACCGCAUUAGCAUAACAGAGCGUUUUAGAAUCGGAUUUAACAGUAAAAACGUUAAAUAUCCGAAUAUACAGUUAUUUUUCAGGUCCUUGCCACAGUCUGACGGGUUCAUGAGAGCAGAGAGUGUUCAGUACCAUCAUGGCCCUUGCUGAGGAGCAGCCUGAGAAACACUGUUGGGUGUGUUUUGCCACAGAGAGGGACGACCACAGUGCAGAGUGGGUGAGCCCCUGCAGGUGUAAAGGCUGCACUAAAUGGAUCCACCAGUCGUGUCUGCAGCGCUGGCUGGACGAGAAGCAGAAAGGAAACAAUGGAGGAGCGGUGAGCUGUCCACAGUGUGGCACCGAGUACCACGUCAUCUUCCCCAAGAUGGGCCCUCUGGUCUACUUCCUGCAGCAGGUGGACAAAGCUCUGUCCCGGGCCAGUCCCUUCGCCGCUGUCGGGGUGGUGGUGGGGACGGUGUACUGGUCAGCCGUAACGUACGGAGCUGUGACAGUCAUGCAGGUCGUGGGUCAUAAGAAGGGGCUGUAUGUGAUGGAGCGAGCCGACCCGCUCUUCCUGUUGAUGGGUCUGCCCACCAUCCCCGUGGUGCUGGUCCUGGGAAAGAUGAUCCGCUGGGAGGAUUACAUCGUGAGACUGUGGCAGAGAUACUCGUACAGACGCAAGAUCCCGCCAGGUAACAAUCGUUAUCUGCCCCGUGUCCCAGUGGACGGACCCAGUGCAGGAGACCACCUCUCUGUGUCCAGGACUCUGUGUGGAGCUCUGAUCUUUCCCUCCAUCGCCAGUCUGGUGGGACGGCUGCUGUUUCGACAGGUGUCCUCCAAUCUGCAGCGCACGAUACUGGGUGGCAUCGCCUUUGUGCUGAUGAAGGGCGUGCUGAAGGUGUAUUUCAAACAGCAGCAGUACAUCAUGCAGGCCAACAGACAGAUCCUCAACUACCCAGAGAGAAACGCAGAAGGACAGAAUGAAGGAGGAGAGGAGGACACAGAGGACAGUGGGAAUGAGUAGGAAUGAGUUUCACUCGUUGGGAUGGAGAAACAGAGACAGAGUCAGAGCUGAUGGUACAAAACCAAAUGUAUUUUACCAUAAAACACGAUGCAGAACUCAGGUGAGUGUUCAUGUAGAUGGGGAGAAGAGUUUGGGGAAGAGCGGGUGUGAAGGACUGAUCUGAUCUGCCUCAUGAGGAAAUAACCACAACACUAUCAGUUAAGAGUUUCCAGCCCAAAGAACCUUUUAUUUUGUAGUUUCCAGUCUUCACAGUGUAAGAGGCUCAACCCUGGACUGUCCCAGGACCUACAUCUAAUAACUCAUGGUCCCUUCUGUUUGUAUUUAAAUUUCAGUCUCAGCCACAAAGACACUUGAAGGAGUUUAUGAAACAUCUGAUACUUUACUUUUCAAUACGACGAAAUAAAGAAACGAAAUCAGUCAGUUCAGGUGUGAACCACGAUGACCAGGUAUUCACUGGGUAAGAACCUGGUCAGUGUGUUCACAUGUGCAGCCAACGGUUAUCUGAUCUCUCCUGGGAGCAUGUGAAGUGUGACAGCAGAGCGCUGGGAUGAAGGGGAAUAUAAUCAUCAACAGGGGAAACUGACACUAACACAGCUGCAACAUUCUGCAUCAUUAACACAGUAAUCAUUAGUUAUAAUAACAUCCUGAGCGUGUGAGAGCACACUGAGUGAUAUGAACAUUCAAACACAGACUGAUGUUGUGUUCAUUAUUCCACUCUUGUUACGCCUUAACCCAGGACAUGAAGAUGUCUUCCUCUGUGCCUUAUUUAAAACCCUUUACCAGAACAAAACCAGCUUCAUAAAAGUCCCGUUCACACGGGAUUAAUGAAGUGUUCACUGUGUUUCUCAGUCAUUCAGCUGGACGACGUUUUAUCCCUGGUGAAAUGACAGGAUGUGGACAUUCCUCUUUCUCAGAGUCCUAACUCAGAGUCAGACCUGGAACACAGGUUGAUAUGAUUCAGUGUGACUUCCACUUCCUCAGGAUAUCAUUAUGUCUCGUGUCCCUUCAGAAUAAAGCUCCAGAGAACAAAGAGGCUGCGUAUCUGUUAACAGUUAUCUGAACAUCCAUGAUACACUGCAAACAGCAGCUUAUCACAGCUGAUUCGGCUGCUGUUAAUGGGGACAAUUUGACAAAAUGUAAAUAAAUAUAUAGAAGAAAACCGUGGCUCAACAACAGCAGUAUUGAUGAACUUUUAUAGGCUCUUGCUUUCCUUUUAUUUCUAUCAUCAUAUCGGCUCUGACACAGGCCUUUAUGUUGGAGCUGCAUCCAUGUUUCCAUCCAUCACAUUAGCAGAAACAGUUUUCACUUCCUCCAUUUUCACACAAAAGCCACAUUUCUAGAAGUACGUGCUGACAUUUCCCAGUUCUAAUGCCACUUUACUGCCUUACACCUGUUUUUAUCUAAUAGACAAAGAAAAUGUCCCCUGACUGUUUUCAUAUUAACUCCUUGGUCGAGACGCUUUAACCCGGGUUGGGCUCUAAAUGUACUGACUGUUGAAUAAGAGGGUGGUGCUGCUGUUUGCAAACAAUCAUUUGACCUGCUGUGCUCUGAACAUUCAUCCCUGUAACUGACUUGAGGAGUUUUAAUGCUGACACAUGCGCAGGUGAAUCCGCUCUACCUGACACUGAGCUCUGUGCUGCCUGUUUUUAAUAGUUUGAACCAGAACCUGCUGAGUCAGAACUGCUGUCAGACUGAGGCGUGAGCAGAAACCAGUCGAGGCAUUUCACAGUUUAGUUUAAUUGCACAGAGUAAAUGUGUGGUUAUUAGAUGAUGGUUUUCACUGGUUGCACUUCCUCUUGUGGCACAGAUGAAAACAAGAGUUACUCAACUCUGUUCUAGCUGAUGCAGGAGGUUUAAAACACUGAUAUAUUAAUAUUUGUUUAGAAUGUAUGUUCAGUAAAAAGAAAAGAUUUAUUAUUGGUCAGGAUCUCUUCAUGUUUGAAUUAAUAUCUGAUUAUUGGGGUCAAAAAAUAAAAAAGGAGCAAGAUGAGGUUUAGAAAUUAUAGUAUUAAUUAGAAAAUUGUGUCCUCUGCUUCGGCCAAAUGAACAGGCUCUGGAUCUUAAGUUGCACAAUUUGCAGUCAUUGUAUGUUUAUGUUAAGAGGAGCUUUUAUUUUAUGUCCUGGUGAAUCAUUUGUUUAAUAAAGCUCUUUGUAAAACAGA